GGCCGCUGGGACUCUGGGAGGAAGUGCAGCUCUCAGAAGAGCCUGAAUUUCACUUCACGACGCGCUGUGGGGCUCAGCUCACACACAAGCACUAAAACAAGAAAAUACUCGCAUAUUCCCAUCUGGAUUAACCACAGGGAAACCUCAAGAAGCACUCUUCCCCGGAGGCUCUGCGUGGAGCCGGACUGGAGGCUUUUAUGCGGACGGAUAUAGUGUUUUUGUUGAGUGAUGUCGGAAGAGAUGAAGACUUGGAUCUGCGACCCAAACACGGAUGGAAAAGAAAAGAGUGGUUUCUUUCGGUGAAAGCGUCGAAAAAUCUAAACCUAAACCUCUUUGGUAGGAAAGCGCGUUUUGAAGCUUAGAGCGAAGCGUGUUUGGGUUAAAAGCCACGUCGUGUUGUUGUUUUUUUCUGUCGAAACUCCUCCAUAUAAGCUGAGUUUGAGACGCACAGCCAUGCAUAUGAAGUUCCGCAAGAUCUAGCGCACAGAUUCCAGCUUUAAUGUGUGUUUUUGUGUCCUAAAACACCACAGUAGAGCGAUUUUUCAGUGUAUACUUGUCUCGAGGGUUUUAUCGGACCACGUUUUGUGACACCACUCGAUUAUUAUUAUUAUUAUUUUGUUUUUAGGAAAAGGAAACUCGCAUUGCUGUCGUUCACAUUUGCUUAUUUCCUUUACUAGCGCCCCCCCUCUCAUCUGUAAGGUUACAGUAGAGCAGAAUCUCACAGCACACCUCGUAUUAUAUAAAUAAAGUGUCGAGCAAGCAAAUCCAUUUUUGUUAUACCAAGAGGAACUGUUGUGCUUUGCACGGUGCACUGCAACAGACUUGUCACUUAAACAGAAAAUAAAGCAGCGCAGUUUAAUUUCACCCGUUUUAAUUGGCUUGUGAGAUCAAGGAGAUCAGCAAACAGGAGUGACAGGCGGAUCUCGAGCAUCUGAAAUGGGGAUUUGUGUGUGAGAUCUGCAGGAUUUGACGUUCAGAUCUUGAAUUUUCGGCUUUUUGGAUCCAAACCGCGUCGCAUCGACAGCCGUUAUUUAUGUUUCUCCACGCAGAUUUCCACCAUCUUUAAGAAGAAGAGGAGGAUGCUAUAUAUGUGUCUGUGUGUAUGUAUGAAACCCUUAUUAUAAGUGCUGAAUGUGAUUGAACAUUAGCGCAUACUAACGUUAACCGUCCGUUUUUUGCUUUAUUUUUAAACCCCAAGGAUAUCCCGCUCGUUGACGUAACGUCAAUUGUCGUUUUUAACGGUCGUUUUGACUAUCUUGAUUUUGCGGUCAGUUCGUUAUUCACCUGCCAUCAAUAAAGCUCGAUUUAACGUCAUUUUUACGGUGUUUCUACCGGUGGCAGGUGGGUCGUUCUCGGUGAACUCACCCAGAGGGGGUGGGUGCUGGAUGGGGGGCUUCUGCAGGCUUCCAUCGCUUAAUCGAUAUAAUCACCAUCUAGAAGAAGUGUUAUUAUUUUGGAGGUGAUGCCACGCACGUAUGUUCUUCUUCCUCAGUGAAAACAGAAGCCAUUUCUGCAACUCCACUGGAUCUGCUUCAUACACAACCACGCCGUACAUUUAUUCGGUGGAUUUUUUUUUUCUCUCAAUAUGAUUGAUUUCUGAGAGACUUCCGAAGGGGAAAAACACGACUAUUAAAAACCCUGAGGCUGGAAUAGAUGUUCGCGCCUCUCUCGAGCAUCAUCAUCAUCUUCUUCAUCAUCAGAUCGGCUCCCGCGCUUGUCUCGUGCUGAGUCCGCCCGCGCGCGCACCAUCACCGGCCCUCGCGCUCCCGCACGGCCGCCUCCGGUACCGUUAGCGACUCGGUUCGACCCAGAGGGCGAAGAUGGCGGACCUCGAAGCGGUUCUCGCCGACGUCAGUUACCUGAUGGCGAUGGAGAAGAGCAAAUCGACUCCAGCGGCCCGCGCGAGCAAGAAAAUCAUCCUCCCCGAACCCAGUAUUCGAAGUGUCAUGCAGAAGUAUCUGGAGGAAAGGGAUGAACUGGCAUUUGACAAAAUCUUCAACCAGAAGAUCGGUUUCCUCCUCUUCAAGGAUUUCUGCAUGAACGAGAUCGACGAGGCCGUUCCGCAGCUCAAGUUUUAUGAGGAGAUUAAAGAGUACGAGAAGCUGGAUUCAGAAGAGGAGAGGCUAACUCGCAGUCGACAGAUUUACGAUGUCUACAUAAUGAAGGAGCUGCUUUCAUGUUCACACCCCUUCUCCAAGAAAGCAGUCGACCAUGUCCAGACUCACCUAGCAAAGAAACAAGUUCCUCCUAAUCUCUUUCAGCCAUACAUUGUUGAAAUCUGUGACAGUCUUCGAGGAAAUAUCUUUCAGAAGUUCAUUGAAAGCGACAAGUUUACACGUUUCUGCCAGUGGAAGAAUGUAGAGCUCAACAUCCAUUUGACGAUGAAUGACUUCAGCGUGCACCGAAUCAUCGGCAGAGGAGGCUUUGGAGAGGUUUAUGGAUGCAGAAAGGCAGACACGGGGAAAAUGUAUGCCAUGAAGUGUCUGGAUAAAAAGCGUAUCAAAAUGAAGCAGGGAGAAACUCUGGCGCUUAAUGAGAGGAUCAUGCUGUCGCUGGUCAGCACCGGGGACUGCCCGUUCAUAGUGUGUAUGACAUAUGCCUUCCACACCCCUGAUAAACUGUGCUUCAUCUUGGACCUGAUGAACGGUGGAGACCUCCACUAUCACCUGUCUCAGCACGGGGUCUUCAGCGAGAAGGACAUGCGCUUUUAUGCAGCGGAGAUCAUUCUGGGCCUCGAACACAUGCACAACCGCUUCGUCGUCUACAGAGACCUCAAGCCUGCGAAUAUCCUCUUAGAUGAGCAUGGACACGUCCGCAUCUCUGACCUGGGUCUGGCCUGUGAUUUCUCCAAGAAGAAGCCUCACGCCAGCGUAGGGACUCAUGGCUACAUGGCACCUGAGGUUCUGCAGAAGGGAACGGCGUACGACAGCAGCGCCGACUGGUUCUCUCUGGGCUGCAUGCUGUUCAAACUCCUGCGAGGGCACAGUCCAUUCAGGCAGCACAAGACCAAAGACAAACACGAGAUCGACCGCAUGACCCUUACCAUGAAUGUGGAGUUGCCUGAUUCCUUCACUCCCGAGCUCAAGUCUCUCCUGGAAGGACUCCUACAGCGAGAUGUGGCCAAAAGAUUGGGCUGUUUGGGACGAGGGGCAUCAGAGGUGAAGGAGCACGUGUUCUUCAAGGGAAUUGAUUGGCAGCAGGUUUAUCUCCAGAAGUAUCCUCCACCCCUCAUUCCCCCCAGAGGAGAGGUCAACGCUGCGGACGCCUUCGACAUCGGCUCCUUUGACGAAGAAGACACCAAGGGUAUCAAGCUUCUGGACAGCGAUCAGGAGCUGUAUAAGAACUUUCCGCUGGUGAUCUCCGAGCGCUGGCAGCAGGAGGUGGCCGAGACAGUGUAUGAAGCCGUGAACAGCGACACGGAUAAAAACGAGGCUCGCAAGAGGGCCAAAAACAAGCAGCAAGGCCACGAAGAAGAUUACGCGCUGGGGAAAGACUGCAUCAUGCACGGCUACAUGCUAAAGCUAGGAAACCCCUUCCUGACGCAGUGGCAGCGGCGCUAUUUCUAUCUGUUCCCCAACCGUGUGGAGUGGAGAGGUGAAGGAGAGUCUCGGCAAAACCUGCUGACCAUGGAGCAUAUCGUGACGGUGGAGGAGACGCAGAUCAAGGACAAGAAGUGCAUCCUGCUGAGGGUUAAAGGAGGGAAGCAGUUCGUUCUGCAGUGUGAGAGCGACCCAGAGUUUGUCCAGUGGAAGAAGGAGCUGACCGAAGCGUUCACCGAGGCCCAGAAGCUGCUGCGCCGAGCUCCUAAAGUCAUCGGCAAGGGCAGAACUAACGUGGUGGAGCUCUCCAAACCUCCGCUCACACACCGCAACAGCAACGGCCUGUGAUCCGCUUCUCCUGCACCUGAUCCACUCUCCAUCCUCACACACACACACACACGCACACACUCACACGCACGCACACACACACUCGCUUGUCCAAUCCGGAAGCUUCUGCUGGAUUGUGCCCUGCUGUUCCUCAAUAGUUUGUGAAUUAAAUGCACACAAGCACUCGCAGACACGGAUAAUGAUCAUCAGCGGUGCAGGCUGGGAAACUGCACUCGUUUCUCCUCCAAUCUUCUCCCGGCAUGCUCAGAAAUAGCCUAAGAAAGGAAAAGUGGCUAACUUUAAUCCAUAAGCAGCAGUUAGACUGAAUGAACACCUCUGCUGCGGGAAACAGGAGCUGACAGAGCUCUGAUUCAGUGGAUGGAGAUGUUUGACUGAUACUCCUCCUGUCGUUCUUCAAGGAAACGCUGUUGACUGCCAUUCCUGAAGCGCACACUGCACCACUGUCUGUCAACUAUGGCGUAUGGCAUGCAUGUUUCAUGCUAGCAGAUGCAGAUUUGCGGAGUGUCAUGACAUCGACCUCCACACACACUGCACCAAAUGCUUUUCCUACCGAGCGUUUCUGAUCCAAACAUUGUUCAAUCAAGAAGCUUUUAAUAGACGAGCAAAAAAUACAGUUUUGUUUUUAGAUUUUAGCCAAAAUUAAGUGAGAUCUUCUCUUAAUAAACCCUAAAUAAUCUGCCUCUACUUCCAAAUGAAACCAGGAUUAUUCAGCUUCCCCCAUUGGCCGAUUAUUCAGCUUGUUUUAAGAGAAAACUCACUUAUUUCUGCAAAUAAAACUCUAUUUUUACUCCUCUAGAUGAAGCGUAUUGAUUUAAGGAUAUUUCAGCGAGGGUUUUAAGUGAGAAAGCAUUUGUCUUAGCGGUGUGUACAGACUUGGAGAUGUCCUGAGUUGUUGGAUUGAAUGCAUUAGUGAGAGCUGCGAGUGUUGUGUGCAUCCAAGACUCCGUAUAGUGUACAAAAGAACAUAUAGGGAGCGUCUUCUUUCAGUCCUUUAGAUUUUGUUUUGGUGCUCAGCCCCUGUAUACACCAAAUGAUGGUUGGGUUGCUGCGAUGCAAGAUGAUGUUGUUGUUGCUUUAAAGGAAAUGCCCCCGGGAAGAAGUUUUCUUUUUGGCCUUGAAUGUAUUUUUCAUUUCUCUUAUCGCUUCUUUUUGUUUGUUCGUUUGGAGGUGAUUUACGCUGCUUGAUACGAUGGGAAGGACUUUGAGAGGGGGGCAGGACGUUUACCCCCUGUUUUUAAACUCCUUCCACCUUGAAGUGCAAAAAGUGCCAAUGAAAUAAACCUUUGAGGACUCCUGGCGUUUGCGGACGGAUGUGUCGGAUACGGAACCUAAAAGGAACCUCCACGGUUGACCAUGCAUGAUGUCUCGGUUUGAGGGACCAGGAAAAUCAAAAGAGCGGCAGCAGAACAGCAUCCCUGGAGUCUUUUCUCUGACUGUACAUAUGAAUCUUUCUCUGUGCAUCUACAGUAUAAUCCUCUUGACAAUGUUUGCAUAUAUGGCGAAUCUCUCUGUCUCUGCCUGUCUGUGUUAGUCUCUGUGGCGGGAGGGUUUUGGGGAGGGGGGGUUGGUUAAAUCCUCAGGCUGACAGACGGAGGAGUGUGUGUUUUUGCGCACGCGUGUGAGAGAAUGCAGAGUUGUUUGGAUGGUUUAUCUCAUAAUGAGGUGCGAGAUGAUGGAGGUCUUCUUGUCCAACAUCCGUUCACACGCAGACGUGCUGAUAUAUCCGAAAGCGUUCGCGAGACUGUUUGUCGUAAGGCUCGAGUUGAAUAUAGUUUCCAUUUUUAUAUUGUUGGUCUCGAAUGUGGCGCAAAUGCAGAUUUGUUUUGGAGUGUGUGUGUGUGUGUGUGAGUGUGUGUGUGUGUUUGUUCUUGAAUGGAAACGGAGGCAUGAGUUGAUUUUCUUUAUGUAUAUUCAGGUUUUUGUUUGAUGCAGUAAUUCUUUUUCCUCCUAUGCCAUGCAAAUAUUGCAGGGUUUUAGGAGUCGGAUCAGUUUGUUUGUAGCCUUGACGUGUGUGGAGGUGCCAUCCUAUAUUUAGUUUUAUUUUGAAACCAAAAUGAAAUCUCAUCACUGCACUUUUUUCCUCCGUGCUUCAUGAGCUGAUGAAAAAUAAACGUGCCAAACGACUGUAGGAGAAUGUCCUUGAACCAAUGAAAAGCUCCAGCCGGAUGUUUCCGAGACUUCACAUCGGUACGCGCGAGCGCCGGCGGCUUUUUGAGAAAGGGUACAAAACAAAUGUGACCAAAUUCGGGUGACGUGAACGAUUGAACGUCAUUACCGCGACGCCUCGAAAGCUACCGAGCGGCGACAGACAGAAACUGCCCGUUUCUCCACAAGGGUGGCACCUCCGCCAGGCCGAAAUAUCCAUGUUUUAUUCAGGGGUUUUUGUAUUCUGAUUUUAAUUUGAAUAUUAAUGGUAGCUUUUCGUUCAGUGUUUGCUUCAUUCAAUAGCUGGUGUGUGUGUCUGUUUUCCGCAACGUGGGCGAACCAAACGCAGAAGAGGACGAUAAAUAGGAAGAAAAAAAACAAACUAACAAGUAUAUAUAAAUAUAUAUGUGUAUAUGAAAUGAAUACAAACGAGCUUAGGUUUAUUUAAAAAGACUUUACGACGUAGACACACACGCGCAUAUACACACACGGGAUAAUUUGAGACUCUGGGUUCAGGGAUGGGGUCGGAUGUGAGUAUUUGUGGUGAAGAAUCAGCUCAGAUCUUGCACAUAAAAUGUUUAGAUAUUGUACCUACGAGUUCCAGAUCAUUAUUUUUGUUGGUUUAAUACGGCUCUCUUUCAUAUUUAUUGUCUGUUCGGGGAGUAGGCUAGUCCCUGUGUGCGUGGGUUUAUGGGACACGGAGUUUUCCGGGUAAUUACGCUCAGCCCAAACUCUUUUUCAUGUGCCACAAAACAAACGCAGAUACUACUGUCUGGGGUUAUUACCAUUACGGCUAUGAUGAUGAUGAUGAUGAUGAUAUUAUUCAAUGAAUGAUAAUUGUUACUACAAUUAUUUUCUUUGGUUUUCGUUUUUCAGAACAGCUAGGAAACGUGUGUGUUGGACUGCUUAUAAAACAGUUCAGAAAUAAAAGCCCCUUUUUCGUGUU